AUGGUGUGUGAUGCAUGUGUCAGGCCGGGGGACUUUGGAGAGGAAGACGGCCCGGCCACUGGGGAAGCAGCGGCUGCGGCGCCACCGGGCAGCAGGGUGGCAGGAGGCACGGCGGGCGGGCGCGGCGGCGGCGGCAAGACGUGCGGCAACUGCGGCGCGGAUGGGGCCAGCAAGCGGAAGGCCACAGGCCUGGUGGAGUGCACAAAAUGCGCCCGCUACAGGCAAGGCCACGAGGGCGAGGCCCGCCCAGAGAAGCUGUGGGCCAAAGACAAGCAGCAGCAGCGGCCGCGGCAGCAGCAGCGGCAGCAGGGGAAGGCGGCUGGCACGCCCAGGCAGGCGCCGCAGCGGCCGCGGGUGCAGCGGCGGCUGGAGCGGCUGGUGCGCGGCGCCAGGCGCCUGGGCAGGCCCGCGCUGCCACAGGUGGAGGCAUGGGCAGGAGGGGCCAGUGGCGGCGGCGGGGAUGACAGCGACGGCGAUGAGCGCUGGGAAGCCAUGCAGCAGCUGGUGGUGGAGAGGAUGGUGGGCGACAGCCUGGCAGAGCACCUGAUGAGACUGGUGCGCGGCUCGGAUGAGCAGCACGCCAAGGCGGUGCAUCGCUACGAGGCGCAGGCGCUGGCUGACCGGCAGGCCUUGGCGGAGGCGGAGCGCAGGCGGCAGGCAGAGGUGGCUGAGCAGCAGCAGAAGCUGCAUGCAGCGCAGGCCGCCAGCGCAGAGGAGCAGGUCAGGCGGCGGGCGGCGGAGGGGAUGGCGAAGGCCAUGCUCGGCCAGCUGGGCGGCCACGCCAGCGCAGUCACUGUGGAGGCUGAGGCGAAGCUGGCGGCGGCGGCGGAGCGGGAGCGCCAGCUGGAGGCGGAGGUGGAGCGCUGGAAGGCGCUGGCGCAGCAGCAGCUGCAGAAGCAGCAGCAGCAGCAGGCGUGGCAGGAGGUGCGGCAGGAGGAGCGGCAGCAGCAGCAGCAGUGGCAGGAGGUGCACCGGGAGGAGCAGCAUGGGGAGGAGCAACAGGCGCCACCAGCAGCGGAAGGGGCAGGCGCUGCCAGCACUCUUCGAGAUGGCCUGCCAGCCGCUGCGGCGGCGCAUGCACCCCCGGCGGCGCACAUGGUGCACACGGCAACCACCGAGGCAGCAGCAGCAGCCGUGGUGGGGGCCAGCUCCGCCCUGCUGCACUCCCUGCUGGGCGCAGAGCACAGGGCUGCCUCGGGCAGCAUCCUCCCAGCCGCGGCAGCAUCGCCGCCGGUGUUUGUGUUUGGCGGAGGUGCCACCGCCGGCACUCCCCUGUGCACAGGUGCAGCCGUAGUUGCAGCACCAGCGGCCGCCAUGGCAGGCCCAAGCCUGCUGUCCCCGGCCGCCAGCAGCGGCCUGGCGCGGCAGCGGCUGACCACCGGCCGCGCGUCUGGAGGCUCCGUGGCACGCCGCAAGUCGCUCCGCAGCCGCCCAGCCCCGUCAGAGGUCGGCACAGGGCCAGGCGCCUCCGCCGCUGCAUGCACCCCAGGUUCUGCACAGCCAGGGGCCGGCCUCCUGCAGCCGCGGCAGCGGGAGCAGCGGCAGUCUCUGGGUGGCAGUGGCAGCGCCGGUGGCGUGGCAGGCGCUGCUGCGGUGGCUGCUUCGGUGGCAGGGUCAGAAGACCUCUUUGGCAUCUUUGGAGGCAUAAACGGCAGCUGCAGCGCAGGUGGCGGGACCUCCAUGCUGCCCUCGCCGGGGGCAGAGGCACGCCCCGGCGCCGGCUCCGGUGGCGGCCAGGGCACCUUGAAGGCUUCGGCCAGCCCGCUGCCCUGCAGCCCCAGCACCUCGCAGCAUGGGUUGGCGCCAGGCGCGGCGGCAGGCGCCAGCGGCGGCCGCCCCACGCUGGCAGCCAAGCUGCGGCUUGCGCUGGGCAGCCAGGAGAGCUGCUCGCAGGGGGGCCAGCUGCCAACCCAGGCACCAGCCCAGCUGCCCAGCACCCAGCCGCCGGUCGUGGCGGCAGGCGCAGGCGCCGUGACGGGCACUUCGGCCGCAGCAGACCUGGAGGGGCUGAGGCAGCACCUGGGACAGGCAGCCGUGCUGGCGGGGCAGCCUCCCGGCGCCAGCCCGGCAUCGAGCGGCUCCCCAGGGCUAGGAGGCGGCCCGGAGGAUGCGGAGGCUGCCAUGCGUGCUGUGGAUGAUAUCGCUCAGUACCUAGCUGACUGA